UUCAUAUUAUUACUUUCUUCAUCAAUGAUAGCAGCACAAUAAAUUUGAGCAAUAAUAAAUAAUUAUGAAUUCAACCGAACCCUAUGUUCACUGGAUUCACUGCAAUAAGUGUUACCAAUUGUAUAUUAAAAAAGAAGUUUCUUUCUAUUUACUUGCCUGCAAGCAUGUCAUUUGUAGUUUAUGCGCAAUUGAGCUGCCUCAAUCGAUUAAUGGUCCACGAGCUUAUAAAUGUCCAGUGUGCAGUCAGACAACUAGGGCAUGCGUAAUUGGAAAUACAAUGCCAAAAAAUCUAAAAGAUCUAUUUCAUCCCCAGCCAUAUUUAGAUGGUUUGGAUAACUACAAAAUUAUGAGUUUUCAACAGGAACAACGUAAAAAAUUUUUCGAACACAUGUAUAAAUUGGAAACGCGAAGAACAAACCUCCUUCAGGAAAUAGAACUUGCAAAACAAAAAACGCGUCAAUUAUUCCAAAACUUUGAGGAAACAAAGGCUGAGCGUAGACAACUGCAAUAUGUUUGUCAAGGACUACGUUUAAACAAAGAUUCCUGUGCCUCUUCGACUUCCUCAGGAUAUUCAUCUGCAGCGAACGAUAGAAAUCUAAAUGAGUUAUAGAUUAGUAUUUACUUUUUUCCCUUGAAUUUAUGUUUUAUUUGUCAAUAAUGUUGUUACAUCUUAGUUUAACUAUGAACAAUUAAAUUUUUGAUCUUCUUGUUUUUUAAAAUCGAA